AUGAAUUUUGCUAGUAGCAAUAUUUUUGUAAGAAAAACUCAAAACCAAGAGAAAAAACAAAAUGAUGAGGAUAUGGAAGAGGAGUACUGUUUCAACCUGUCAGUCUGCUCAGACGAACUGAAUCGGAGUUUUGAUUCAGAUGAAGAAGAGGAUUCUAAAUCAGAAUGAAACAGCAAUGCUGGUAAUGAAAAUACAGGAGUAAUGAGAGGUCUAACCAUGCACCAGGAAGCUUCUAAACCCCUAAACUUGUUCGGGGAUGGUGGUAGCCAUUCUCCUAUGAAUAAAGAAUCAAACAAAGAAGGCAUUCUAAGUUUCCUUGGACUCAACAAGACAGUUCACCGAGGUAUUGAGCCAGAUUUAUGUAUGGCAAUGGAACCACCAGCUCAUAUUUCUCCUUCGAAAGCUGUUCGUUCAAAUAUGGCUAAAAAGCCUAAGAAAGCUCUUAAGAGCAGAGUCAGGAGGCAAGGAAGAAAGUUCCAGAACGAGGUAGAUGCCAAUGUCAUCUCUCUCAGCUUGAAAGUGCUAAAAGAGGAUGCAGAAUUGGCCGCUGGGGAUCCUAUCUUCUGUGAGAAAUGCAAUGCUGUGUUCAACUCCAACAGCAAACUUACUGAAAAGGAGAAGAAGCUCGCACAAAUUCUUGAAGUUGACGAUGAAGAUAUGGAAGAUGAACAAAUUCCUGAUGAGCGGGAAGAAGAAAAGAGCCAACUUGGAGAGGGCGAAGAGCAAUGGGACUGCGAAUUCUGUAAUUAUACUAAUACACUCUUUAUUGAGAAGGAAGAAAUCCCAACUAAGGAUGCUAUGAACUACAUCAUUGACACUGAAGAGCUAGAUGAAAAUAAAAAGCACGCCGGUGAAGCCGCUGUCAUCUUUUGUGUUGAUAUCUCAGGCUCAAUGUGUGUAACUAAGGCCGUUGAUGGUAAAUUCAAAAUUAAAGGAGAUAAAUACGAUGAACUCCAAGAGUUCAUGAAGUAUUCAGAUGGUUCAGAUCAAUUUGCAUUUUAAUGACAGAAAUGUAACUUAUGUCUCCAGACUUCAGUGUGUCCAAGCAGCAAUUGAAGCUCAAUUAAUUGACAUGAAGGCUGAGAAAUCCCAGAAGAAGGUUGGGCUAGUUUCCUUCAAUGGAGAUGUCAACAUUAUUGGAGAUGGCUCUCAGCCAUCUCAGACAAUUUCUGGUGACAAACUGACAAACUAUGAAUAUCUAAUAGAAAAUGGACAGACCAUUUCCAAGACUCAUAUGUCUCAAAGAAUAGAAGAUUCUAGUGAUCAACUAAAUGAAAAACUCUUCUCAUUAGAAGAAACAGGGCCAACAGCCCUUGGACCGGCUGUGGCUUCCUCCAUUGCUAUGGCUGGAGAGUGUGGUCAUGGUUCUCAGGUGUUUAUUUGCACUGAUGGGCUUGCGAAUGUUGGAAUAGGUAGUCUUGAGGAACUAAAGGAUAGUGAUACUGUUGAACAGGACGUUGCUACCUUCUAUGAGCAACUAGCUGAUUACGCUGCAUCCAAGGGUGUCACUGUCAACAUAAUUAGUAUCAAAGGAGAAGAAUGUGAUCUUGAGACACUCCGUCCUCUUUACGACAAAACCGGAGGAAAUGUUGAUAUCAUCGAACCAGAUGAGCUGAAGAGCAACUUCUCAAAUAUGAUGAAACAAGAGGUCAUUGCCACUAGAGUUGUAGUCAAGGUCAAGCUUCAUAAAGCACUAGAGUUUAGAAACGAAGAUGAAAAAGAUCUGACUAACGACAAGACAAUCUUGACUCGUGAUGUUGGUAACGUCACUGAAGACUCAGAGAUUACCUUUGAGUACAGGAUAAAAAACCAGGAGGAAUUGAAGAAGCUUGAUAACUUUGAUAUUACCAAGAUCGACCAAAUUCCUUUCCAAACUAUCAUUGAGUAUACCACUCUUGACGGGAUGAAGUGUAUUAGGACUAUCACCAAAGUUCAGAAAAUCACUGAUGAUGUUUCUAAGAUGAAAGAAGAUGUCAAUAUCGAAGUUCUAGCAGUCAAUGCAGCCCAACAAGCCUCUCGACUUGCCACUAGAGGUCAGUUCAGAGAAGCCCAGGCUUAUAGCGUGAACCAGAAGAAAUACUUAAAGAGUCAUCUAAGAAAUGACACAGAUAAGAAAAUGUUCAAAAACUGGAGAGGACAGAUGAACGAUCUCUAUUCUGAUAUCCACUUACAAAACAACUGUGAGGAGCUAUGCGAGCUUGAGGCUGAGGCUCUACCCACCAGCUCCAAAAACCUGUCCAAAAAGAAGCAAAAGAAGGGUUUCUUGUCUCAUUUCCCUGAUAGGAUGAGCACGAAUGUGCAGAAGAAAAAGAACUUCAAUGCUAAAUCUCUUUGGUAGAGACUUGUCUACCUAACUAAUUCGUAAUCAGAGAGUUGUCAAUAU